AUGUCAAGUGAAGAUAACAGUUCUCACGAAGAUAUAUUGGAAUUAUCUGCUGAAAUCCACAUUUCUUAUCCAGUUCGUUUUUGGAUUCUUCUUCUCUUUUACAUUCCAUCAGUCAUAUGUUCUUUAUUCAUUUUUUAUAAUUUUAUUAUCCAUCGACAAUUACGUCAUGCUUUACAUAAUCAUGUUAUUUUUCUUCUUCUUUUCAUCAAUCUUAUUGUUCAACUAACGGGCAUUCCAUGGAUUCUUAAUUAUUAUCGUUUAGAAUAUGUAUGGCCACAAAAUCCUUCCUUUUGUCUUACAUGGAUUUUUAUUGAUGAAGCUUUAUAUAUCACAACAACACUUCUCUUUGCUUGGGCAACCAUUGAACGGCAUAUUCUCAUUUUUCAUGAUCAUUUAGUAUCAACGAAAUAUAAACUUAUUUUCUUUCAUUAUUUACCAACAGUCAUAAUUAUUCUCUAUUGCAUAUGUUACAAUAUUAUUACAAUUAUUGUUCCACCAUGUGAAAAUACAUAUGAUUAUACACAACUAGCAUGUGGUUAUCCUCUUUGUUAUUAUGAAAUACAUUUCGUAGCAACGUGGGAUGUUAUAGUUAAUGAUAUAAUACCUACAAUAAUAAUUAUUUUCUGCAGUAUUGCUCUUCUUGUACGUGUUCUCUAUCAAAAAUAUCGAAUGCAUCAACGAAUUCAUUGGCGACAACAUCGAAAGAUGACAAUUCAGUUAUUAUCAAUUUCACUUCUGUAUCUACUUUUAUAUAUACCAAAGAUGUUAAUGGAAUUUAUUUAUCUCUGUGGUGUUCCUGAAGACUUUGGUGCCCACUUUAUGGCAUAUGCAGAAUUCUUUGCAUAUUAUGGCAAUUUUUUUUUACCUUUUGCAUGUGUUGGAUCAAUGCCUGAAGUUAAAAAUAGCAUUAAGAAGAUAUUUCCAUGUUGGCGACAAACACGAGCAGUUGGCCCUCCAACAUUCACAUUGACUCGUCGUACAAUUGGUCCACAAACAUUAGCAUUGUCGCAUCGUACAGUGGGUCCACAGUUAAGAACAACAAUUCAUGUUCCAUGA